AUGACCAUUCCCACACGCGAGUUUGGCAAGACCGGCGAAAAGGUCGGCUGCAUCGGCUACGGUGCCAUGGGACUGGCAGCCUUUUAUGGCGAGCCAGUUGACCAGCCCACGGUCAACGCGGUGCUGUCGCGCUGUCUCGAGGACGGAGCGACCUUUUGGGACACUAGCGACGUCUAUUCACCCAUGAGCUCGGGCAAGCUGGGCUACAAUGAAGGGCAGAUCGGCGAGUUCUUCCGUACCCAUCCCGGAUCUCGCGAAAAGGUGUUCCUGUGCACCAAGUUCAUCAUCAACAUCAAGGACGGCAAGAUGGAGCUCGACGGCUCGCGCGAGUGGUGUCACCAGGCCUGUUCCGACUCGCUCGCACGUCUGGGUGUCGACCACAUUGAUCUCUACUACGCACACCGUCCCGAUCCCAAGACUCCCGUCACCACCACCGUGGCAGCGAUGAAGGAGCUCAAGGAUGCAGGCAAGAUUCGCUACAUCGGCGUAUCCGAAUACAACCUCGAGCAGCUCCAAGCCGCCAAUGAGGUGGUGCAUAUCGAUGCGCUUCAGAUCGAACUCAGCCCUUGGACUCCGGAUGUGCUCACAAACGGUAUCCUCGACUGGUGUGUACGCAACAACACCGCCCUUGUUGCAUACUCCCCCCUUGGCCGCGGAUUCUUGACAGGCCAGUACAAGUCGGUCGAAGACUUUGAGCAGAACGACUUUCGCCGCUACAACCCGCGCUUCACGGGAGACAACUUUACCAAGAACCUCGAACUCGUCGACGACAUCCGCAAAAUCGCCAGCAGGAAGAACGCCACCCCUGGCCAAAUCGCCCUGGCGUGGUUGUUGCAGAAGUCGGACGCCAUCAUUCCGAUCCCAGGCACCAAGAAGGAAAAGUACCUCAUUGAAAACAACACGGCCGCAAACGUCAGCCUCGACAAGAGCGAGGUAGACGAAAUCGACGCCAUCAUCAACAGCUUCAAAGUCAGCGGCACGAGGUAUGAGCCCGAAAUGAUGGCCACUGUCGCUUUCUAG